AUGAAGAAAGUUGAAGUAAGAGAUCUUUUCUAAGUAACAUUCAACUUAGUUGGAAAAUGUCAAGAAUAAGUUGAUUAUGAACAUUACUUAAAUUUGUGCAAACUCUUAAUAAAAUACUUCCAGAAGCUAAAGGAAAAUGAUUAAUAAUAAUAAUCAUUUAUAAAUAAAUCAACUUACAAUUAUUUAAAUUAGAAAGAGUUUUAUGAUUAAAAAUUUUCAUAGAAAGAUGAUAUAAAAAUUGAUGAGUUUUUAAUUAAAUACAGCAAAGAAGAUGAAUUAAAAUCUUUAGAAGAGAUAAUUACAAAAUUAGAAGAUCAGAAUUCUUAAUUGACUCUCAAUAAAAGUUUAUAUUUUUCUGAUUAAAUCUUAGAUCAAUACCAAAUAAGAAAAGUAUCAGAUUCAACACAAGAUUCUGAAUAUGACCAAAAUAUACACUUUAAUUAAGUAUAAGACUCUUACUAGCAAGAAUUGUUGAAUUAGUAUCUUGCACCACAAAUUUAGAGUUCUUCUAAAGAGUAAAAUUAGAAUCUUUCUAUUAUCUUAGAAAAUCUAAAUGAUAUUAUCGAUUGUUUCAACACUAUAGAAAGGAAAAACUUGAAAUAACCUAAUUAAUAGCUAGAAAAAAAUUAUUCUUCAAAAUGUAAAAUAAACAACCCUUCAAAUAAAUUCAAAUAAAACAGUAUUUCUGAUGAUUAAAUCUAGUUUAAUAACCAAGAAUAACUAAAUGAUAAUAUAAAUAAUCAAAUUGAUAAAUUCUUUUAAGAUAAAUUAAAAAUUAAAUGUGGUAACUGUAAUUUAUAAAUAGCUGAUUAAUUGCUUGAAAAUUUAAAAGAAAUAAAUUGCAUUCUUUUAUAGCAAUUGGGAAAUGGAGGUCAAUCAAUAGUUUUUAGAGGUGUUUAUAAGAAAGGGUACUCUAAUAAUUAUGAAGAAUUCGCGAUUAGGAUAUAAGAUAUAGAUAAAGAAAGUAACUCAGAUGAAAAUUUUAAUGAAUUUGAAGUAUUCAAUUUUGUAAAAAAUUCCAUAUAAAUUAUAAAUUGCGUUUUUUAAAAAGUAUUUGAAAUUGGGGAUUUAAAUAUCCUUGUGUAAAUACUUGAUCUUUGCGAAACUGAUUUACAAAAAGAAAUUAUUAGAAAUAAUGGCAUAGAAUUUGAUGAUUUAUGCUCAAAAAUACUAGAUUUACUAGAUAUGAUUAUUGAACUAAAAAUAUGCAGGAUUACCCACUCUGAUAUAAAACCUGCAAAUAUUUUAAUUAACUCAGAAAAAAGAUGUAUCUUAACAGAUUUUGGUGUUUCUAUCCUCUCUACUAAUUAAUCCAAAAAAAGUCGUGGGCAUACAUAAUAUUAUGCUGCACCAGAAUAAAUACAAGGAUAAGAUGUUGAUCAUAGUACAGACAUCUUUAACCUGGGUAAAACAUUUGAUUUAUUAACAAAAUACUUCAAAUACACCUCAAAUGAAGUUAUAAAUAAUAAUUAAAAAGAAUGCAUAGAAAAAUUAUAGAAUAUUAUUAAUUCUGAAAUGUUAUAAGAAGACUAAAAUAAACGAAGCGAUAGUUUAGUUUUACUUAAAAAAUUUUAUGAUAUAAUUAAAUAAUAUAGUGAUAGCGCAAUUGAGAGCUAUGCUAAAAAUAUUAAAUAGAUUGUUAAGUAACGAAGAUUUGAAACUACUAAAAAUAUUUUUGAUCUCUAAGAAUCCAAAUUAGUCUAGCUUUUGCUUGCUCUAUAAAUAUACCUUGAAAAGAAAUAUACUUAAUCUAAUUUGAUGAAUUCAGAUUUACUCUAAAUCAUAGAUUUCAUUAUUCAAGAAUUUGACUUGACCAGUUAAUUAGAGCUUAAAUCUUAGUUUACUAAAUUUUUUGUUUUCCUUCAUUCUAUUUUUAUUUGUUAGAUUUUCAAAUCUAUAGAAAAGGGUUAAAGCUAUGAUGCAAUAUAUCAAUACUAUAGUUGCUUUCAGAGUAUUUGUAAAUCACUCUAUGACAUAGGAAUCUGUUUGCUCUCAGAAGGCCACUACAGUCAAGCUGUGAAUUAUUUCUAAAUAUCCUAUGAAAUGUCUGAGAAAAUAUUGCCUGAAUUGGACAAUGAUCAAGUGAAUAUAGCUAAUACUGUAAAUAAAAUAGGAGAUUGCUACUUUAAGCUAGGAAAAUUUGAUAAAUGCUUGUAAUAUUAUAGCUAAUCUUAUGAAAUAAGAACAUCUUUUCCAAAUAAAGAAAGAGAAGAUAUAUACUUAUCUCUUUCUAGUUUGGGGUAGUAUUAUAACUAAAUAGGAGAUUAAGUGAAAGCUUAAAAUUACCUUAAUGAAUCAUUAGAAAUUUAAAAGAAAUUAUUAGAAAGAGAAACACACCCUGAGACAGCUUAAUCAGUUUUUCAUACAGCAUCUUGCUUGUUUUAAUUAGGAAAGUAUGAAUAGGCUCUAGAGAGGUAUUUAUAAUGUCUAGAAAUGAGAUUACAGGUAUUUUUUAAUGACCAUAGCGAAGUUGCAACUUCCCUUUGUUAAAUCGGAGUAUGCCUUUACAGAAUAACUAAAGUGAAAGAAGCUGAGAAGUACCUAAUAAAGUCUCUUGAAAUGAGAUAGAGAUUGUUUAAGGGAGAUCAUACCGAUAUUGCCUAGUCUUUAAUGCAAUUAGGUUCUUACUUUAUGUUGCUAGCAAAUUUAUAAAAAGGUCAUGAAUAUCAUUUACUGUCAUUAGAAAUGAAAAAAAGGCUUUAUGGAGAUCUUAAUCAUCCUGAUGUAGCAGAAUCUAUGCAAUACCUAGCUACAUGCAAGAGGACAUUAGGAAAUCUCUAGUAAUCUUUAGCUCUAGACUACUUUUCAUUAUAUAAAAGGUAAUCUAUCUAUAGAGGUAAUCACAUUGAAAAAGCUAACUCUCUGCAUGCUGUAGGCUCCAACUUAAUGUUUUAAGGAAAAAUAAAAUUGGCAAUAAAGUAUUUUAGAAUGUCCAUAAAAAUGAAAGAAAGCAUAUAAUCUAACUAAAAUAACCUCUCUCUGUCUCUAAAUAAUCUAGGAUUAUGCUACUCUUAUUUAGGUAAAUAUUAAAAAUCACUAGUACUUAGUUAAAAGGCCUUGAAAAUUUUACAAAAAGAAUACAAAGAACACCCAGCUAUAGUAAUGUUUCUUUUAGAUAUUGCUAGAAGCUAUUUUUACCUUAGAAAUUUUAAAUAAGCUAUUUACUACUCAAAUACUUCUCUUAAAAUGUUAGACUAAUUAAUUAAAUUUUACCACAAAGGGUAUUUACCUCAAUCGGUUAAACCAGAGAAAGCACUAAUUCUCCUGAAUUUAAGUUCCUACCAUUAUGCAGACAAAGAUAUAACUUAAGGUAAUUAGUACCUUAAAGAGGCGAUGAGAUUAUAUGAGCAAGUGUUUGAAUAUGACUAGUUCAGCCCAUAACAAAUAUAGGCUUUAAAAAUUUAAAGCUGCUAUUCUGGCCUUAAGAAUUCUGGAUAAUAUAAUAGCAACAAUGUCUAUUUAUUAGAUAAGAUUUCACUUGUUCUUAUUAGAUUGAAUCUAUAAAAUUAGAAGAAGAAAUAAAAAUGA